AUGGCAGAUAACAUUUGUGGAAGUGUUGAGGGUGGUAGUGUGGAAGAGGAACCAGGUGAUGUGGCAGCAGAGAAUGCACCAGUUAAAACCCAUGCAGCAGUGACAGAAAGUGAAAGAGGAAAGCAGCGACAAACUGAGAAGGGGACUCCACAACAUUUGCCCUUCUUCAUUAUAUUAAUAUUUGGAAAAAUGUUAAUGAGAAGAAAAGAGGAGAGAAAGAGAUGCUAUGUGAUUCGGAAGCUCUUGAGAUGUCAUGGGCGAAUAUUCUGUAGGGAUUUGGAGCAAGUUAUCCAAUGGCAGGAAUGCUUUCUUAGCCUACAUAAUCACUUCUGGCCACUAACCACUAGUAAUGUUUAUACCAGUGCAAAUGCAGAGCUCAGAGCUACAGCAUGUAUGUUUCCUAAGACAGGUGAGAAUGAUUCAGCACCAACCCUGCUUGCUAUGAACUCAGAAUACCUUAUGGAACCCAAUGAUCAUUUCAUUGACAAGCUAAUGUUUCGAACCCAAAUGUCUGAAUUUGGUAUUGAAAUACCUUUUGUCCAGUGUCAUUUUGAUCCUAGCCAGAACACUGCAACAUCAAUUAAACCAUUCGACAGUAAAACUUCUUCUGUAAGUUCCUUUGACAUUGGAUGUGAUCAUGUUGCUAUUGGCAACUUAGAAACAGUGACUGUAAAACACAAUAGUAAUCUGCCAGGUAAACUGAGCACUGUAGACACAUCUCACUUGGCUGAAAAUUCAUAUGCCUUAAGUGAUGGAGAUGUUAACAGUAUUUCAUCUGGCUGUGUUGAUGACUGCAGAUCAAAUUGUACCAACAUGGUUUCAAGAACUUUAAAAAUGUUGCCCAGAAUAAAUAGGAAGUCAUGGAACAUUGAAUUGAAAGUAAUUCGAUCUUCUAGCUUACCCAAGAAUCCAUGGCUGAGCUUGCCUUUGGAGGACAGUGAAAAGUCCUACACUGUUGCUCUGAUGUUAGGGAGACAGCUGUAUGAGUCAGGUGUCAAUCAUGCAGCAUCUAAUUAUCCACAUCGUGGUGAAGAGUCUGAAGAAAAAAGAGCAGAGACCUUUUGUUUCCCUUCUCUUCUGUUUGAUUGUAGUAGUUUUGACAAUAUUUGGAAUCCAGAACCAGUACACCAAACAAUAUGUGAAGUACAUUGUGAUAAGAGAAGUAACUUCAAGGAUUGUGGGGUUCAAACAGAAGGGAACAACACAUGCAUUGUAUUCUCUGACCCAUUUGUUAACUGUGAGUUUCAGUCCAGUUGUAACCUGCCUCUUUCCUGUGCCUGUAAUAAAUCCCAUGAAGACCACAGGGUGACAAAGUUCAACAGUAGCAACCUGUGGGAUAAUAGUAACCAUUGCCUGUCAAGAAAUGUGGCGAAUGACAUGUCGGAAAGGACAGCACAGACCAUUGCAAAUUCACUACCACUUCAGAAUGACUGGGAUAUACAAGAAGAACUGGAACUUCAGGAGAGUGUUGAAAAACAGCUUCUCAAAACUGCAAAAAUUUUGGAAGUAGGUUUAUAUGCCAUGGUGUUGUAUGCAUGUUGA